AUUAGCCGUCUCAAUCUUCACAGUUGCCCUCCCUAGAUUUUUCUUGUUCACUGGUUAAGUAACCUCAAGUAUACGUCGGUCGGUCGACACCAUGGCCCAACCAUCCACCGAUAUGGCCUUGGUUCGCCUUGAAUCCUUAUCGCUGGAUGAUGGUCCGGACCAGCGACGGGAUGAGAUGACACGUCCUGAACCCGUGGCUGAGCCCUCCGGCGUAUCUCUCGACAUUUCUCUGGUUUCCACAAAUCCUGAUGCCGACCCUCUGCUUGAACAUGUAUCCUCCCCCAGUCAUCAUCAAUCUGGGCAAGUCACCCCAGUGUCACGAGCGUCGCCGGAAUCAGUGGACGAGUCCUUUGACCUCUCUUUUGACUUCUCGUUUGCCUCCACGGCCUCUGGUGCGUAUGUCUUUGGCCAACCAUCUAGCCGGCUUGCUCCCCCGUCUCCCACGCCGGCGGGAAGAGAACAAGCUGGGCAUGAGCUGUUCACGUUUCGAUCGCUUCACAACAUCACUCCUGAGCCACGAUCCACCGACUGGCCAAGAACCUUCAAUCCACUACCUGCGCGGCCGGUUUCGGCGGAUAGGUCUUCUGAGCUUCUAGAACCGGGAAUAGCUUCACCUCGCCCUCAGCCCGCUGCAGCCGUUCCGGCAUCGGACGCAACCCCUGCUACUAUCCAAUCUUCUUCGGCCUCAACCCACGAGCAACCCAGUCCACCCGUAGCUCCAAUUCCAGGCCGCGCUGGGUUUACUCGUCAUCAGCCGCCUCCUGACUUCAGUUUCGAGCCACGAAUCGCUCCCCGGUUCCGACGCAUCCAUCCACUCCCUGCACGAUCGGCUUCGAGGUCGCCUAGACCAAAGAUGUCUCCAGAUCUGCCAAAACCGGGCACAUUUUCACUUGGCUCUCAGCCCGACGGAAUUGGUCUCGAAUCGGAAUCAGCCCCAACCGUCCAAUCUUCUCCGGCUGCAACCCAAGAGCAAUCCAGCCCACCUGUGUCUCCACCUGCAAACGGCACUGUCAGUUCAGACUCAACUCCUCAGCCUCCAACACAACCCAUCCCAUAUGAUGCCAAAGAUGAGGCGGCGCCGGCUCAUGAACUGUUUACGUCCACCUUCCAAGACGCUCUCAAAGAUGGCCGCAAGAUCUCCGAAGAUGCGGUCGCGGCCAUAGAAGGCGCAAUGCAAGCCAGCACGGCAGCGUCUACUGUAGAGUUGCGCCAGCUUCUGCACACCGCGAAAGCCCUGACAUCAUUCGAAUGCACGGACACGCGCACGAUUGCUGUGUUGGGAGACUCAGGAGAAGGUAAAAGCAGCCUCAUCAACGCCCUGCUUCACUGUCCAGGUGUGGCUCAAACGAGUGACGCUGGAUCCGCAUGCACGUCCGUCGUGACAGAGUACCGCCAGAAAAAGGCCGAGCAUUCCGCCCCCAUCACCGUCGAAGUCGACUAUCUCUCGGCUUCUGAGAUUGAAGACCUCAUACGUGAACUCCUGUACAGCUACCGGCAGCUAUUCCUCCCCCUUGUUAACUCGUCAUCGACUUCGGAAGAGGACUUUACCAGGUGCGAGCGGGAAUCAGAGAAGGCUUGGUCUACUCUGCAGGCUGCUUUCAAGCACAAGACUCAAUUCACAGAGAACUACGCGCGGGACACAUCUGAGGGCGCUGUGGAGAGGAUAUCUAGCCAACUGAUUCAAUGGGCAAACGAGCUCGAAUGGCCGGAUAAUGGGCGAGAUGGCCGUUGGGUCACCACGGCGACGACAGCAGAAGAGUGUGUUGAACAGACCAAGCGGUUCGCGCAGGACAAGUAUUGGCCCUUCACCAAGAUCAUCCGUGUGUAUCUCAGCUCGCAAGUCCUCAAGACGGGAGUGGUUCUCGCCGAUCUGCCUGGCCUCCAUGACACAAACUUGGCACGUGUUCGAGCAACUCAAGACUACCUUCUGAAGUGCGACAACAUCCUCAUCGUGGCCAAGAUCUCACGAGCAAUCACGGAUCAAUCCCUCAAGUCGUCGCUGUUUUAUGUUCUUUCUCGGCAUAUGCCUUUGGAGUGGGACCAGUCGGGCGCACAGAGGAUGAAAAUAGCUGUCGUCUGUACCAAAGCCGAGGAGAUCAACAUAAACACGGCGAGAACAGAAUUUUGUGGUCCGGGCAAGAUAAUCUCGACCGAGACAAUGAAGCAGCUGGACGAUGAAAUCGACAAGGCAAAGGCUUCAGGUGACAGGAAGAGAAAGAAGCGCGCCAAACUGCAGCAGCAACUGGCCCUCAUUCGGGCCAGGGCGCAGCACGUGAAAGAAAACCUCCAGCUUGCCUACUCCUCGAAGAUGAGGGGCAGCAAACUAGAGGUCUUCUGCGUCUCCAGUGCCUGGUAUGAGAAGUAUUGUCCCAAAGGCAAUGUAGAGCUUGUGCAAGGAAGCGGCAUCCCCGAUUUGCGACGUUUCUGCCAUACCGUCGUGGCGGACAUACAUUUGAACGAGGCAAAGCAAUUCCUCAAACCAAAGCUCUCGGGUCUUCUCAACUCACUUGAUCUAUACGCGCGCUCAAACAUGACGAGGAGCGACGAAGCCAGCAAGGCUAGAGCGGGCUACGCAGCAAUCGUCAAGGACCUAGAUGGGGUCGUUAGAGAGAAUAAAUCCUUGGCAGACACUUUUCGGCGGGAUUGUAAGAGGAGCUUCGAGGACCAGAUCCUGACGUUCUUCGAUCGGCGGGGACACCAUUGGGAGGCAGCGGCGACUAAUGAAGGGCGAAAAUGGGAUAGCAAACAGGAGUGGCAUUCGUGUAUUCCGCAGCCCAACCCCGAGCACUUGGAUGGGCUCAACUGACACUGGCCCUGCAGCUCAAAUCAAUGCUUGGUGUCUUAACAACGGUGACCACCAGACCACCAGAAAGCCCCGUGAGAAUUGGAACGCCAACAUCAUUUGGAAGAUGCGCGCGGAGCUUGAGUCACCAUGGGAUAUUCUCGAGGAAGAGGCUGUAGAUAUUUUCUCCGCAGUCCUCAAGGAAUCGACACGUGUUUUAGGGGCUAUGAAGGAAAGCAUGCGACGCGACGCGCCGCUCCACUCCACUUGUUCGCUUCUCACUGGUAUAGACUGCCGGCUGCAACUGCUCGAGUAUGAAUUCUGGAGACACCAGAGAAAGCUUGUUGACGAAUUGAGGGCCUUGAGGAGAUAUGCAUCCGAGGCGAAUCACACCUCCUUUAUUCUCCAAGACAUGAUCCCCACGUAUCGAGAUGCAGUGGAACAGCACGGUGCGUCUCUCAAACACCCUCCUUACCACGACCUUGUCAAGCCUGGAAUCGGACCGGCUUGGACUUGGUCUUCGAACGUGCCUGUCAUAAACUAGGAGGGGGCAGUCGAUUUGAACGCUAGCUUACAACGAGUCGGCAGGAAAUGGCAAACGAGCUCGACAAGUAGGCAUUCUACGGGGCCAUAUCGAUACCGGGGCCAUGUUUGCGGAGCUCUCGGUGUUGCUCAACACGAGAGUCGAUGAGAUGGUUGCAUCGGCAGGCAUGGGGCUGGCCGGGUGUCUAGACGCUGCGUUGCGCAAAGUCAGAAGCGACGUGGACAUUGCCUUUCGAUGCGUCAAUGGGGUGCCCGCGACAGACCCUUCUUCGCUGGACAUGAAGGCCAGGCGGCGUGUAAGGGAGUUCGUGGCGGCUGUAAACGGUCUGAAGCCGAGACACGUUGCUUUGUUACGUAGCAUUGAGACAUUCUGAGUAAAAGUCGGAGUCGGGGACUGAACCCCAUGUCCCGCCAUGGGACGUAUAAUAGGUGCGUUUCUUGGUCAGCUUGCAGACUCUGAGGAUCGAUCUGCAUGCCAUAC